CGUCAAGGCGUGCCCCAUUGUCCCUUCUGGCAUUUUGGGAGCCCCACAUUAUCCUCUCCUGCACCCCUCUUGAGCAUCGGCUAUGGCACCCAAAAAGGCAAAGAAGAGGUCUGCGGAGGGAGCUAACUCCAAUGUCUUCUCCAUGUUUGAACAGGCCCAGAUCCAGGAGUUCAAGGAGGCCUUCACCAUCAUGGACCAGAACAGAGAUGGAUUCAUCGACAAAAAUGACCUGCGGGACACUUUCGCCGCUCUAGGUCGCCUCAACGUCAAGCAGGAAGAGCUCGAUGACAUGCUGAAGGAGGCCCCUGGGCCAGUCAACUUCACCGUCUUCCUCACCAUGUUCGGAGAGAAGCUAAAGGGUGCUGACCCGGAGGAGACCAUCCUUAACGCCUUUAAAGUCUUUGAUCCCGAGGCGAAAGGAGUGCUGAGGAAGGACUUCGUGACGGAGAUGCUGACCACUCAGGCCGACAGAUUCUCUGCCGAGGAGAUGGAGCAGAUGUGGACGGCAUUCCCUCCAGAUGUGACUGGGAACCUGGACUACAAGAACCUGGUGCACAUUAUCACACACGGAGAGGAGAAAGACCAGGAGUAAGAGGGACCUGUCGGCCUGAGCAGUCCAUCUCACUCUCUCCGGUCCACUUGAUGCCCAUGCAUUAGUCCCCACCCCAUUGGCUCAUGGUUAUGUGACUUCAAUUUCUGUGGUAAAUCACCCAUGAAGUGUCUGAUGUUUACCAAUAACAGACAGCACUCUGCAUUAACUCAUUCUUGGAGAGGGUUCCUUUAUAAGUCGGUGGCUACAAUGUCUCUGCUUGUGAAUAAUAAUUUAUUGUGUAAGAAAAGCCUUGAUGCACUCUAUUUGGUCUUUGUUCCAAUAAAUAGAAUGUGAAGUUUCA